UUGUGGCUCAGGACUAGCUACGUCACGGGAUUCCGCGCCGUGGAAUGACGUCCCGAUCUUCGUGACAGGUAUUGUGAAUGGCUGGAUGCUUCGGGGAUGAGGCGCUGUAGUCGGUGACCCGAUUAAGGGCGCAGGAUGCUGAGUCGCCUGCAGGAGCUGAGAAAGGAGGAAGAGACGCUGCUAAAGAUCAAGGCGGCCCUGCACGAUCAGCUCAACAGGUUAAAGGUUGAGGAACUGGCUCUCCAAUCCAUGAUAAACUCUAGAGAAGGACAAGAUGUACAAUCCCACACUGAGGAGCCUGAGGAGGAUGCAUUCAAUGUGGAUGAUGAAGCUGUGAUAAACCAGACUGAACUACAGCUUAGUACACUAGACUACAAUCAGGAGAUGGAAGAGGAGGAGGAAGAGGAAGAGGAGGAUUCGGACACUUAGAACAUGUUACAUGAAGCAGGCUGUAGUAAUAUCCUAUUAACUGAGCUGUGUCCUUGUUUAAGUCAAAGGCCUUAGUAGCCUUCCCUACUACAUGGGGAAAGGCUGUAAUGUCAUUUCUUGCAUGUAUCCCAUUUGUAGCACCCUUUCUAACAGGGAAUUCAGUGCUGCCUGGCAAUUGAAGGGUUGAUAUCUGUAAAUACUGCCAUUAGAUUUCUAACAAUACAUUGCAAGUUUACACAAGUAUGUGAGAUGCUUUCAUAAGGGUCAUCAUUUUGUCACCAGGAUUGCACUGAAUCUUUACCUUCUCAUCAUGAGAGGCAGGGUGUACUGAGCAACCCCAUGUAUGGGUACACUUCCUCUGGAGAUACGGGUGGGGCAAAACUGGCAUCUCAGGGGUUGACAUGACAAGUGCCAGCUCCUCAAGGAUUCUAUAACUUUCAGUUUGAUGGAACCAUUUUUUUUUCUCUUUUGCAGUUGAACUUAAAGCACAAUUUUUUUGGCGAAGGACUAAGGGCCUUUGCAGCUGUGAAUCCAUAAAAAGCCAAGCAGUGAUGCCCGUAAUAGAUGGGCAGUGUGUAUGUGUGUGUGUGUGUUAAGAGUAUAAAACAAACGCAGCGUUCAGCACUGAGCAUUUAUACAUGACCUGUGCAAUGCAAAUAAAAUGUGUAUGAAGA